AGUUGAUAACCAGGUAAAAGAAGAGUUGAAGGAAUGGAUUCUAUCCUUUCUCCCACCACAUUCCAUUUCCAGCUGAGAAGUCGACCCCUCCUCACCCCAUUUCCACCCUCUAUACUCACCAUCAACAGGCUCAAGAACCCAAGACAUUGUGUGCACAACAAGGGCGUGUUUGGCCCUCAACCUCUCAGAGUAUUUGCAACUUCUGCUCCUUCUGCUGAGACCGCCUCUAACAAGAGUUCUUCUUCCAUCCCAUCAGAGAUGAAGGCCUGGACUUACACUGAGUAUGGGGGUGUUGAGGUGUUGAAACUUGAGUCCAGCGUUGCAGUGCCUGAGGUGAAGGUAGAUCAGGUGCUGAUCAAAGUGGUUGCUGCUGCACUUAACCCUGUUGAUUUCAAGAGGAGAUUGGGGAAGUUCAAAGCCACUGAUUCACCUCUUCCUACCAUUCCGGGCUACGAUGUAGCUGGUGUAGUGGUUAAAGUUGGGAGCCAAGUGAAGGACCUGAAGGAAGGAGAUGAAGUUUAUGGAGACAUAAGUGAGAAAGCACUAGACGGGCCUAAACAGUUCGGGUCUUUGGCCGAGUACACAGCUGUUGAGGAGAAAUUACUGGCUCUCAAGCCCAAGAAUCUUGAUUUUGUGCAGGCAGCUGCCCUCCCUCUAGCGAUUGAGACGGCUUAUGAAGGUCUUGAAAGAGCCGGUUUCUCCGAGGGCAAAUCUAUACUUGUUCUUGGAGGAGCUGGUGGCGUUGGCUCCCUCGUGAUUCAGCUUGCAAAACAAGUGUUUGGUGCUUCAAAGGUAGCUGCUACCUCGAGUACAGGAAAGUUAGAGUUUAUAAAGAGUUUGGGAGCUGAUUUGGCUAUUGACUACACCAAGGAGAACUUUGAGGACCUGCCAGAGAAAUUUGAUGUUGUUUAUGAUGCAGUCGGGCAAUGCGAUAAGGCAGUAAAGGUAGUAAAGGAAGGUGGGAGCGUUGUUGCCCUAACUGGUGCAGUCACACCGCCCGGUUUUAGGUUUGUGGUCACGUCCACAGGAGAAACCUUAAAGAAGCUAAACCCAUAUCUGGAGAGCGGCAAGGUGAAGGCUUUGGUAGAUCCUAAGGGACCGUUCCCUUUUGACAAGGUUAGUGAAGCUUUCUCGUACCUGGAGACGAAUCGUGCUACCGGAAAAGUGGUUGUAUAUCCUAUCCCUUGAUCAUGAUCCUUUUUUGCUAGAGAAGAUGAGAGUGUCUGAUUGAAGUAUGAUGUUGGAAUGAACAAAAUGUGGACAAUAAUGUCGGAAAUCUUGUUGCUAGAGUUUAGCUUAGACGUUCCAAGAAAUGAUGAUGAAGAAGAUUGUAAGAAGAGAAAAGGUAGCGCUAGACAAAGUCCAAAUGAUUUCAUAAACUUUAAGGUAAUGGUGAAUAACACGCACGUUGCACGUGAAUGAUUAA